UCGGAGCGGCCGCGCGCAGCCCGGCUCCGGCGCGCCUCCAUGACAUUGGGCGCCCGGGGCGCGGGGAGAUGCUGAUCCGGAAGAGGCGAUGGCUGCAGUGGCGCGCGCGCGGCCGCUCCCGGCCCGCCGUCCUGCCUGGGCUGCUCUGUCGGAGUUUCUGAGCUAACGCGCCGGGGCCCAGAGCCUGGAGCAGGAGCAGGAGCGACCGCAGCUCGGCGGCGCCGGCAUCGUCCUAACUUGCACGCGCGGAGUGACCCCAGACAUUUCACUAAAAUGAGCGUGCUUAGCAGGAAGAGAUGUGUUCCUUACACUAGAAAUCACCCCGUCACAUGUAGUGGUGUCCCAAUUAAUGGAUUUUGACAUGGAUUAUGAAAGGCCAAACGUAGAGACCAUCAAGUGCGUUGUGGUAGGGGACAAUGCUGUGGGCAAGACCAGGCUCAUCUGCGCCCGGGCCUGCAAUGCCACCCUCACCCAGUACCAGCUGCUUGCCACCCAUGUGCCCACAGUUUGGGCCAUCGACCAGUAUCGGGUGUGCCAGGAGGUUCUGGAGCGUUCCCGAGAUGUGGUAGAUGAUGUCAGUGUCUCCCUGCGCCUCUGGGACACCUUUGGAGACCACCACAAAGACCGUCGCUUUGCUUAUGGGAGGUCCGAUGUGGUGGUUCUGUGCUUCUCCAUUGCCAACCCUAAUUCCCUUCACCAUGUCAAGACCAUGUGGUACCCAGAGAUCAAGCACUUCUGCCCCCGAGCACCUGUCAUCUUGGUGGGCUGCCAGCUAGACCUGCGCUACGCCGACCUGGAGGCUGUCAAUAGGGCCAGGCGACCCUUGGCUAGGCCCAUCAAGCCCAAUGAGAUCCUUCCCCCGGAGAAGGGUCGGGAGGUGGCCAAGGAGCUGGGCAUUCCCUACUACGAGACCAGCGUGGUGGCCCAGUUUGGCAUCAAGGACGUCUUUGACAACGCCAUCCGUGCUGCCCUCAUCUCCCGCCGCCACCUGCAGUUCUGGAAGUCCCACCUCCGCAACGUGCAGCGGCCUUUGCUUCAGGCACCCUUCCUGCCCCCCAAGCCUCCUCCCCCCAUCAUCGUGGUGCCCCACCCCCCCUCCAGCAGUGAGGAGUGCCCCGCCCACCUCCUGGAGGACCCGCUGUGCGCGGAUGUCAUCCUGGUGCUGCAGGAGCGGGUGCGCAUCUUUGCCCACAAGAUCUACCUCUCCACCUCCUCCUCCAAGUUCUACGACCUGUUCCUCAUGGACCUGAGUGAGGGGGAGCUGGGGGGCCCCCGCCCAGAGGACCAUCGGGCUCACCCUGAUCAACACCACCACCAUCACCACCACCAUGGUCGGGACUUCCUGCUUCGGGCUGCCAGCUUUGAUGUGUGCGAGAGCAUGGAGGAGGGUGGGGGCUCCGGUCCUGCUGGGCUCCGGGCCUCAACCAGCGACGGGAUCUUACGGGGCAAUGGAACAGGGUACCUGCCGGGGAGAGGUCGUGUGCUGUCUUCCUGGAGCCGAGCUUUCAUAAGCAUCCAGGAGGAGAUAGCAGAGGAUCCACUGACCUACAAAUCCAGACCAAUGGUGGUGGUAAAAAUGGACAGUUCCAUCCAGCCGGGGCCUUUCCGGGCAGUCCUUAAGUACCUGUACACAGGGGAGCUGGACGAGAACGAGCGGGACCUCAUGCACAUCGCCCACAUUGCUGAGCUGCUUGAGGUCUUUGAUCUUCGCAUGAUGGUGGCCAACAUUCUCAACAAUGAGGCCUUCAUGAACCAGGAGAUCACCAAGGCCUUCCACGUCCGCCGGACCAACCGGGUGAAGGAGUGCUUGGCAAAGGGCACCUUCUCAGAUGUGACCUUCAUCCUGGAUGAUGGCACCAUCAGCGCCCACAAGCCCCUGUUGAUUUCUAGCUGUGACUGGAUGGCUGCCAUGUUUGGGGGGCCCUUUGUGGAGAGUUCGACUAGGGAGGUGGUGUUCCCUCACACGAGCAAGAGCUGCAUGCGGGCAGUGCUGGAGUACCUGUACACGGGCAUGUUCACCGCCAGCCCCGACCUGGAUGACAUGAAGCUCAUCAUCCUGGCCAACCGCCUCUGCCUGCCGCACCUGGUUGCCCUCACAGAGCAGUACACAGUGACUGGGCUGAUGGAAGCAACUCAGAUGAUGGUGGACAUCGAUGGGGACGUCCUUGUGUUCCUGGAACUGGCUCAGUUCCACUGUGCGUACCAGUUGGCGGACUGGUGUCUCCACCACAUCUGCACCAACUACAACAAUGUGUGCCGCAAGUUCCCCCGAGACAUGAAGGCCAUGUCCCCAGAAAACCAGGAGUAUUUUGAGAAGCACCGGUGGCCACCCGUGUGGUACCUGAAGGAGGAAGACCACUACCAGCGGGCACGGAAGGAGCGUGAGAAGGAGGACUAUCUCCACUUGAAACGGCAGCCCAAGCGGCGGUGGCUGUUCUGGAACAGUCCCUCCUCGCCAUCCUCUUCUGCGGCCUCCUCGUCAUCCCCAUCUUCCUCCUCAGCUGUGGUCUGAGAUGCUGCCACCCUCUCUGACCCUGCUGCUGUUGUGCCCACCUGCCCUUGCCCCUCUGCUCUCUGCAUCGCCCCUCCACCUUCUGGGGACAAGGGGAUCCACAUAACCAGGACCCUAAGGGCGGAGCGGUUCUCACCAGCCAGCAUAGUUCAGCAAGAGAGGAGCCGGGCCUUGUGGAUCAGAACAGAGACUCCCCCCUCAGAGGUCUGACACAGGGCAGGGGACAGCUCCUGGGAGGUCGGAGCCAGAGAGAGGUGAAAGCACUGGCAUUUUGUCUCUGGGUUGCAGAACCCUAGAGUCAAAGGGAAAACUCUUCCAGCCAUGAGAGUUGAAGUCUGUGGAGGCAGCCCCCCUGCCACUGAGCAGCAAUGCCCAGGAGGGUCCUGCCUCUAUUGGCCAUAUUUUUCCACCAAUGGACUGGAGGGUUGCAAAUGUUUUGUGGGCAUUUCCACAUGGAGCCUACUCAGAUCCUCACUGGAGAAGUCAGGGUAGACGUUAAGUCUUCAGAGCCCAGCUCACGGCUUCUACUUCUACUUCUACUGGUGCAGCUGCCUGAGGCCACACCUGGGAAGGCUUACGCUCAGCCGGCAUGCCCCCCAGGGCUGGCGGCAUCCAGGCCUGGUUAAGGGUUGUAGAGUUUGUUCAGAGCUCCAGGCCUGGGAGCAGGGCCUCUUGGAGCAAUGAGAAACUUCUCCCUCCCCUCUCCUUCACCACUCUGAGAUGGGAACCAAAGGAAACAGCUGGAACAAGGGGGGAGAAGGACGGGGAGAUGGGGUCUGGACGCAGCGAUGAUCCUGUGCUCUCUGAGCUCUGCCUCCUGCCUCUAGUUAGCAUGGCUUCUUAUGGGGCGGGACAAAAAAUUAGCAAAAAGAAAAAGCAACAAACAAAAUCACCACCAACAGAAACACUCUAGCCUCUAUCCCCUCGAAGAAAGAACAGACCCUGUAUGGCUUAAAUUUUUAUAAAACCAAACAGGGGCCCCCACGUUAAUGAGACAAAGGUUUAGAUUAUAGAAUUGUUUCUAGUGCCUAUCAGGAAGGGACUCUGGCACUGGCUGUCACUCAAAAUGCCCUGGCCUGCUGGCCGGCUGUGCAGGGCAGCACAAGUCGCAUGCCUUCAGCCUGCUGGGGUUGAGAUUUUGGGGGUGGGGAUUGAGCAGGAAGGGGUGGCCUCAGGGUUUGAACAUGGCAUUAGAUAGUUACUGUUGCCCAUCAUGAGAAUCAGGUUAUCCUCACCUCCUGAGGUGACUAUAGGAUGUGUUUUGGAGGGAGGGUUGGAGUAGGGGUCAAGGGUCAGGAGGUCACUGAUUUGGGAAUAGGAAUCUCAGUAAUGAAGGGUCAUAGGACAGCACCCACCUUAGUGCUGGUUUGGGACGGAAAAAGGAGAACCGAGCAGCAGCAGCUCCGUCGUCCAGGGGAGGGGCGGGAUGAGACGAGGAUGAGGACAGCAGCUUGCAGCCCCCGGGGAGAGUGGGCCAGUGAUCAUACUUGACUCCCACAUCCUUUUUAGACUGAAAAGACAGAACCUCUUUGAUGAUGGUGGAGCCGGAGAGACACUGAAUUCCUGGUCUGAGAAGGAGGGACUGGCUUUAGGUCUGGGAAAGAGCAAAUUUAGAAACAAAGGAAGCCUUUGUAACAAUUUAGUGGUGCCAAGACCUAGAAAUUUGAGGUUAAGUCUUCAUCAAAAGAAGCAGGAGGUGGCAGGCCAGGCAGGCCUAGCGUGGCUGUGACCCAUGUUGUCUGAGCCCCAGACUUCACCGAGGCCUUGGCUGCCUCCCCUCCAAGUCCUCCAGGGUGGUGGCUGGGUGCGCCAGACAGGUGCUGCUCUCUGCUGGCGGUCCAUGGCCUCGGAAGACUGAGGAGCCAUGGGGGUGGCUGCUAGCGCAGGGUGGGAGAGCUCUGCCUGGACCUUUGUUCCGGGGAAGGAGCCAGAGGGGUGCCACAGGGCCUCCCAGGAACUCUAGGUGAGAGGGAGAGCCAGGGCCUGAAGUCCAAGGGAAGUCGGAACUGGUGUCCAUGAGCCUGUGGGGGACAAAGUGAAGGUGGCCCAGGAGGUGCAGGAAGCCCACAGGACAGGGGCCACAGGUCCACCAGCAACCAGGCCCUAUCACCCCUCAGGGACCCACUGCCCCUUCCCAACUCGUCAGAGCUGGUCUGCACCAUGGGGGAGCCCAGUAGGCCCAGGUGUAACCCAGAGACACCACCUGGGGAGGCUAUUGGGGAGCCAGGCUGGGGCUGGGGGUCUCUCCCAGGGGGAAGGACAUGGGAGAGGGCUAUAAUUCCAGUCCCCCACAGACCUGACACUUGGAAAUCCAGAGUCAGAGCAGGAAACCUGGCCAUGUGGAGCAAGGCGGAAGGCAUGUGAGAAAGGAAAGAGCAAGUCCCACAUCAAGAAUGCACAGCCCUGUACUCAUGUCACUCAGAGCUGUUCCAGAGGGGAAUAGGAGAAUGCAGAGAGAAACAAAAAACAAAACCCACACUCUUUUUAUAUAACGUUUCAUAUUUAAUUUGGUCAUGAAUUCAUAAAUACAUGAGUAUUUUAUAUCUAAUGGCCUCCCUUCCAUUGUUUGAUAUUUCCAACAAACUUUUCAAAAGUAGCACCUUCCACUGGAGAGAAGCAUGAAAAAAUACCCAACGACUAAUGAAACACUAUUAAGUGCCUAUUAUAUGCCAGGUGCUAUUUGGACUGGAUAUAAAACAUAAAGACAAUUUCAUGCUCUCAUGAAACUGACCUUUCAAAUAAAUAAACAGGACAAAUACUGAUACAGCAAAUACUUUAGAUGGACACUCAAGUUCUCUGACAAAGACGACUAAGCUGAAACCUGAU